AUGGACAACGUCAACGCGCUCGCAGCUGCUCACGCGCCCCGCCGCGACACCAUCCAGGCCCAGCUCGAUUUGGUCACCACCAGGCUCGCCCGCCCGCAAUUUCUCAAGACCCUCACCCCGAGCCGCCUGCCCUCGCAGGCUGCCUCCGACGCGUCGCUCUCGCCCGACCCCACUUCGCGCGCUCCACGCAUCAGCCCGCGCGUAAGCAUCGCCAGCAGUGAGCCCUACCAUGCCGACGCCCUGCGCAAGAGCACCUCGCUACUGACCUUCGAAUAUGGAGCAAGACCUCUAGCCGACGCCCACCUCGACGCCUACCAGGAGCUGCGCGAGUCCGAGGCCAAGGCCCGUCAAGCCACGCGCAACAUGGCCGCCAACCAGGCUUUUUCUACCUUCGACCACGGCCACCAGGACCUGGUUCUGGCCGUCGACUUCAACUUCUUCGGCACCCGCAUGGUCACCGCCUCGUCCGACCACCGUCUCAAGGUCUGGGACCGCAAGGACGAAAACUGGUCGCUGGUCGACAGCUGGAAGGCGCAUGAUGCCGAGAUUGUCGAAGUCAAAUGGAAUGGCCCGUUCAUGGGCGAGGUUAUCGGGAGCAUUGGUGAAGACGGCCGUUUCAAGAUCUGGCAGGAGGAUGUGACCGAAAUCGCCAAUUCUGGCCGCCGCUUCAAGCUCAUCUACUCCCAAGUCUCUGAAACGCGCACCCCAUUCAUGUCGCUCGACUUCAAGCAGAUCAUGCAGGAGACCUGGGUUGCACUCAUCACUCGCGAUGGCAUGCUCACCGUCAACGAGCCCGUCGACCAUGGAAACCUCUCUGAAUGGCAGAUACUCGCGCAGACGCAGGUCUUGCAGCCACCUCCUCCGCGCUCCGAGGAGGCAAGUUUCCGAGUAUGCUUCCACAAGGAGCAAUUGCCAUGCUGGACUGCUGUCAACGCCGGCUUGGACAGGCGCGCUCUGUCACUUGCUGUCGUUUCCAUGGACAUGGUUAGGGUCUAUCGUAGCGACAAGAACCGCCGUUUCUACGUUGCAGCCGAGCUCAUCGGCUCACGGAACAUCCUCCGCGACGUGGCAUGGGCCAAUGGCUCUAUGCGCGGCACGGAUAUCAUAGCGACCGCAAGCAAGGACGGCAUGAUCCGCAUAUAUGAGCUUUCCACUCCCGAAAGCCCGCAGCAGUCCACCCUUGCUGCUCCAGCCGCGCCCGAGCCCCAACCAUCUCCUCGCAGCCGCCGUAAUGCGCCUUCAGGAAUUGGAGCAGGCCUUGCCGGGGCAUCUCGCGUCGGCGACGGUCAUGAAAACGACCAGGAUCCUGGUCGCGUCAAGCACCAGGUCAAGAUGGUCGCAGAAAUGGACGCUCAGCACGGGGCCGUCUGGCGUGUGUCGUUCUCCCAGAUGGGUGACCUGCUCGUUUCAACCGGCGACGACGGUGCCAUCCGCACAUGGAAGAAGGCAAGCAAUAACCGUUGGCUUGAGUACGCCGAAAUAGAUCCAGGCAAAGGCCAGUAG